UGAAGAUGGGAUUUGGUUAUUGGAAGGGGAGGAAGUAGGGUGGGAGAGAUCUGUGUGCUAAAGUGACGAGUGCCUCGGAAUUCCUGGAAUGAGACUGAGAGGUUGCUAAGACGUUGGGGGUCUGAGUACCCCCAAAGUAGUAGGCUAGUGAGAGGGGCUUGAGUGUGAGGAAAAGGGGUCUGUCUGCUGGAGUAGGGUGGUGAUGGGGGUUCUGUAUGAGAAUAGGAGGUCCGGGUAUCCCUAAAGGGGAUUUGGGCAGCAGGAGGGGUGUGUGUAGAAGGACCUUAAGCCGUUGUGAAAGACGGUCUGGAUAUCCCUGGAAUGGGUUGAGUGUGUGUGGAUCUUUACACAAAGGAGUUAUGUUGCUACGAAGAGGAGGGUCUGAGCAUCCCUAGAAUGGGUUAGGGUGGGUUGGGUCUUCUCGCAAAUUAAAAAAGAUUGGGUUAAUAAUGUGAAGGAGGAUCUGGAUAUUCCUGAGAUGGAUUUGCCGGGGCAGGGGGAGGUCUGUUUGCAAGAGAGGCAUAGGUUGAUAUGAAGUGAGGGUAUGGGCGUCCCUGAAUGAGUGGCUGUGUAUGAAUAGGAAGGGUUUUAAUCAAUGGGAAGAGGGGACCUGGGUAUCCCAAAGGGGAUUAGAAUUGUCUAUUUGGUCUUGGUACAAAGAAGAGGUGAUGAAUGUAAAGAGUGGAAAGAUACCCUGGAGACAGGAGUUAGGGUGGUGGAAGGGUCUACGUCUGAAACAGGGAGGAGUAGGCCUUUGUGAAAAUGGGUCUGGGUAUUCUGGAUAGGGGAUUAGGGUUGGAGAGAGCCUUGAUUUAUAGAAGAGUUUAAGUAAUUAAACAGGGCUGGGUAUCAUGAAGUGGUUAAGGUGGGCAAAGUCUGGGUGUGGAGAUGGGUUAGGCCAAUGUGAGAAAAUCUGAUUGUGGGGAAGGGAUAUAGUUUGACGUGAGGAAUCCAGGCACCCGAGGAAGAGUUGCCCAGGGCCUUGCUGCCGCCAUGACUGAGGAAUCAGAGGAGACAGUCCUGUACAUUGAGCACCGCUAUGUCUGCUCUGAGUGCAACCAGCUCUAUGGAUCCCUGGAAGAGGUGCUCAUGCACCAAAACUCCCAUGUGCCCCAGCAGCACUUUGAGCUGGUGGGCGUGGCUGACCCCGGAGUCACUGUUGCCACAGACACAGCUUCAGGCACGGGCCUCUAUCAGACCCUUGUGCAGGAGAGCCAGUACCAGUGCCUGGAGUGCGGUCAACUGCUGAUGUCGCCCAGCCAGCUCCUGGAGCACCAGGAGCUGCACCUGAAGAUGAUGACACCCCAGGAGGCAGUGCCAGCUGAGCCACCACCCAAGGCACCACCCCUGAGCUCCAGCACCAUCCACUACGAAUGUGUGGAUUGCAAGGCUCUCUUUGCCAGCCAGGAGCUCUGGCUGAACCACCGGCAGACACAUCUCCGGGCUACACCCACCAAGGCUCCUGCCCCUGUUGUCCUGGGGUCCCCAGUUGUUCUAGGGCCUCCUGUGGGCCAGGCCCGAGUGGCUGUGGAGCACUCAUAUCGAAAGGCAGAAGAAGGUGGGGAAGGGGCGACUGUCCCAUCUGCCGCUGCCACCACCACUGAGGUGGUGACCGAGGUGGAGCUGCUCCUCUACAAGUGCUCUGAGUGCUCCCAGCUCUUCCAGCUGCCAGCGGAUUUCCUGGAGCACCAGGCCACUCACUUCCCUGCUCCUGUCCCCGAGUCUCAGGAGCCUGCCCUACAGCAGGAGGUGCAGGCUUCGUCACCUGCAGAGGUGCCUGUGUCUCAGCCUGACCCCGUGCCAGCUUCUGACCAUAGUUAUGAGCUGCGCAAUGGUGAAGCCAUUGGGCGGGAUCGCCGGGGGCGCAGGGCCCGGAGGAACAACAGUGGAGAAGCAGGCGGGGCAGCCACACAGGAGCUCUUCUGCUCAGCCUGUGACCAGCUGUUUCUCUCACCCCACCAGCUACAGCAGCACCUGCGGAGUCACCGGGAGGGCGUCUUUAAGUGCCCCCUGUGCAGUCGUGUCUUCCCCAGCCCUUCCAGUCUGGACCAGCACCUUGGAGACCACAGCAGCGAGUCACACUUCCUGUGUGUAGACUGUGGCCUGGCCUUUGGCACAGAGGCCCUCCUCCUGGCCCACCGGCGAGCCCACACCCCAAAUCCUCUGCAUUCAUGUCCGUGUGGAAAGACCUUUGUCAACCUUACCAAGUUCCUUUAUCACCGGCGUACUCAUGGGGUAGGGGGUGUCCCUCUGCCCACAACACCAGUCCCACCAGAGGAACCUGUCAUUGGUUUCCCUGAGCCAGCCCCCGCAGAGACUGGAGAGCCAGAGGCCCCUGAGCCCCCUGUGUCUGAGGAGACUUCAGCAGGGCCCGCUGCCCCAGGCACCUACCGCUGCCUCCUGUGCAGCCGUGAAUUUGGAAAGGCCUUGCAGCUGACCCGGCACCAACGUUUUGUGCACCGGCUGGAGCGGCGCCAUAAAUGCAGCAUUUGUGGCAAGAUGUUCAAGAAGAAGUCUCAUGUGCGUAAUCACCUGCGCACGCACACAGGGGAGCGGCCCUUCCCCUGCCCUGACUGUUCCAAGCCCUUCAACUCGCCUGCCAACCUGGCCCGCCACCGGCUCACACACACAGGAGAGCGGCCCUAUCGGUGUGGGGACUGUGGCAAGGCUUUCACACAGAGCUCCACACUGAGGCAGCACCGCUUGGUGCAUGCCCAGCACUUCCCCUACCGCUGCCAGGAAUGUGGGGUGCGUUUUCACCGCCCUUACCGCCUGCUCAUGCACCGCUACCAUCACACAGGUGAAUACCCCUACAAGUGUCGUGAAUGCCCCCGCUCUUUCUUGUUGCGCCGGCUGCUGGAGGUGCACCAGCUCGUGGUCCAUGCCGGACGCCAGCCCCACCGCUGCCCAUCCUGUGGGGCUGCCUUCCCCUCCUCACUGCGGCUCCGGGAGCACCGCUGUGCAGCCGCUGCUGCCCAGGCCCCACGGCGCUUUGAGUGUGGCACCUGUGGCAAGAAAGUGGGCUCAGCUGCUCGGCUGCAGGCACAUGAGGCGGCCCAUGCGGCUGCUGGGCCUGGAGAGGUCCUGGCUAAGGAGCCUCCUGCCCCUCGAGCCCCACGGGCCACUCGUGCACCAGUUGCCUCUCCAGCAGGCCUUGGAGGCACUGCUACAGCAUCCCCUGCAGCCCCUGCCCGCCGCCGGGGUCUAGAGUGCAGCGAGUGCAAGAAGCUGUUCAGCACAGAGACAUCACUGCAGGUGCACCGGCGUAUCCACACAGGUGAGCGGCCGUACCCAUGUCCAGACUGUGGCAAGGCGUUCCGUCAGAGUACCCACCUGAAAGACCACCGGCGCCUGCACACAGGUGAGCGGCCCUUUGCCUGUGAAGUGUGUGGCAAGGCCUUUGCCAUCUCCAUGCGCCUGGCAGAGCAUCGCCGCAUCCACACAGGCGAACGACCCUACUCCUGCCCUGACUGUGGCAAGAGCUACCGCUCCUUCUCCAACCUCUGGAAGCACCGCAAGACCCAUCAGCAGCAGCAUCAGGCAGCUGUGCGGCAGCAGCUGGCAGAGGCGGAGGCUGCCGUUGGCCUGGCCGUGAUGGAGACUGCUGUGGAGGCGCUGCCCCUUGUGGAAGCCAUUGAGAUCUACCCUCUGGCCGAGGCCGAGGGGGUCCAGAUCAGUGGCUGACUCUGCCUGACUUCCUCUUCAGCACUUCCAUGCCCUGUUGCUGAAGGCCCUCCAGCAUCCCCUUAAGCAUCUGUACAUACUGUGUCCCUUCCUCUUCCCAUCCCUACCACCUUGUAAGUUCUAAAUUGGAUUUAUUCUCUCCUGAGGUGGGUGCUUUGGGGUCCUUGACACACAAAAAGGUGCCCCCCCACCUUCCACCUCUUAGCACUGGUGACCCCAAAAAUGAAACCAUCAAUAAAGACCAAGUUGCCAGCAGUGUA